UCUUUUGUCAUCUUAUCCAUAUAUCUAACCAUCAGUGGUUCUAUUGUUUAUCUGCAGUUUGUGUGAUCCUUUAUAUAGCUUACUAAAAAUUUUCCAAAGAUUCUAAGCAAUGGCAGUAAAUGUUCAUUUUACCAGUUGUACAACGGAAAAUCUGUCGCGGAAUGAAAUUCUUGCAUGGGUCAAUCGUACUCUUUUAUCGGACUUUAGAAAAAUAGAAGAGCUUUGCACUGGCGCCGCCUAUUGUCAAAUGAUGGACAUUCUAUUCCCGGGUUGCGUUCCAUUGAAGCGAAUUAAGUACUGCACAAAUCUUGAGCACGAUUUCAUCAAUAAUUUGAAACUUUUCCAAAACACGCUGGUCGCGAUGAAAAUUGACAAAGCCGUCCCGAUAGACAGACUAGUCAAGGGACGCUUUCAGGAUAAUUUUGAAUUUGUGCAGUGGUUUAAAAAGUUCUUCGACGUAAACUAUGACGGCAAGGAGUACGACCCGCAGGAUGCUCGAAACCACGCACCGAUGGGAUACGGAACGCCAAAUACACUGAAGCCCAGCCAGAGGACAAACAUCGCGGGAGGAGCAGCUUCGAAGCCUGGAGGCAUCACACGAAAUGUGGAAAAGAAAACGACGCCUACGACAGCGUUGGGCAAACUGAAGAUAAGCGAAACAAAUAACGUCCUCAAAGAGCAAUUCAAUGCGCUGACUCAGGAAAAGGACGAUUUAACCGUCAGAAUGCAGACAGUUGAAAUGGAGCGAGAUUACUACUACCAGAAGUUAACACAGAUUGAAGCUCUACUUUCUGAGGAAGCCACAGAUGAGAACCAGGAUUUCUGCGAACGCGCCAAGGAGAUAAUGUUUGCUGAGAAUUGAUGGAUUUGUUUUAUUUGUUCAACCACUUGGAAUAAUGUGAAUAAUUGUAUUGCACUUGAAGGGGAUUAGGAAAAAAUAAAACGACAUUUCUUAUUUUCAUUUUCUAAA